CUGUAGGUCUCUCUCCCCUCUCUCUCCUCUCUGAAGCCGUCAGGCUACUUUGCGCAUGUUCGUCCAGCCGCACCGAGCAUUGCAUCGACACCAAGAUGGCGAAAACACGUCUGGCUUUCCUCCUCGCGCUCCUCUCCACUCACAGUUUGCUUAGCGUGUCAGCAGUGGUGUUAAAGACCAACAACCAUUCCCCGUCCACUGAUGAAUUUAACAAGGUGGAGCUAUCAUGUUUGAUCGAGACCAUCUCUACAGCGAACCCCCGGAUCGAAUGGAAGAAGUUUACAGACGGGAAACCGAGCUACGUUUACUUCGACAAGAGGAUCUCAGGUGACCUGGAGAACCGAGCUGUGAUCCGAGAGCCCGCCACACUCGUCAUAACCAACGCCACCAGGUCAGACACGGCCAAGUACCGCUGCGAGGUCACGGCUGCUGCUGAUGUACGGACCUUCGAUGAGAUCGAGAUCAACCUGGUGGUCAGAGUGAAGCCGGUGGUGCCAAAGUGCAGCGUUCCGAAGUCGGUGCCUUUUGGGAAGUCGGCCGAGCUCAGCUGCGUGGAGGAGGAGGGCUUCCCCAAGUCUCAGUACCAGUGGUUCAAGAACAGCGAGGAGAUUCCAGACGACCCCAAGACCAGCCUCAAAUUCUUCAACUCCUCCUACACGCUCAACGCAGGAACAGGAACUCUGAGAUUCAGCGCCGUCAGGAAAGAAGAUGCCGGAGAAUAUUUCUGCCGGGCCAAGAACGACGCGGGACACGCCCAGUGCCCCCCCCAGAAGAUGGAAGUGUAUGACAUAGACGUGGUGGGGAUCGUACUGGGAGUGCUGGUGGUGGUGGUGGUGCUCCUCUGCAUAACGGUGGGAAUCUGCUGCGCCUACAAACAGGGAUACUUCUCCAGCCAGAAACAGCCAGGAAGCAGUUACAAAGUUCCCUCCAAAGGAGACGGAGUGGACUACGUCCGGACCGAGGACGAGGGGGAUUUCCGACACAAAUCAUCGUUUGUGAUCUGAUGACGGAGCGAGGACGGCGAGCCCGACCCGACCCGGUCCGACCCGCCGCGCUGCUGGACCUCAGAGUUCACAGCAGGACUCAAACCCAAACACUCAAACUUGCCAAAGGUGACGGACAAGAUGUACACCGAGGUUCACCUGCUUUGCUUGGUUCUGAUCCGUUCCUCAGCCUGCUGGUUCUGGUCGGUUCCUCAGCCUGCUGGUUCUGGUCGGUUCCUCAGCCUGCUGGUUCUGAUCCGUUCCUCAGCCUGCUGGUUCUGGUCGGUUCCUCAGCCUGCUGGUUCUGAUCGGUUCUUCAGCCUGCUGGUUCCGAUCCGUUCCUCAGCCUGCUGGUUCUGGUCGGUUCCUCAGCCUGC